AUGGACAACGAAGGACGAUCGUGUGUUUAUGGCUUACGACAUCAAGCAAGAUGUCUUACUGCUGUUAUUGCAGAUUCAGAAUCAGAACAAAAUAAAUUUUUAGUUGGCACUCAAUCUCUCAAGCAGGAGUUUGAGAUUGCUAGUACUAUUUAUCGACACGUAGAAGAAGUUUGGGACAUUUCUGCAUGUCCUUUAAAAAUUGAUUCUUCAAAUACUAAAGCUAAAUUAUGGCGAAUGGGUAACUCAAAUUUAUCUGUAGAAGGUCAAGAUACUAAAUUUCAAUCUCCCAGAACUCCAGUUGCUCCACAUUUACCUUUGGAAAGUGUUAUCGAACUUAAAGUGGAUGCAAAUAUUAAAAAAAUCUUAUGGGAUCCCACAAAAGAGUUGAAUCGAAUUGUAUCGAUUCAUGAUUCCUCUUUUAAAAAUGAAAAUUCAUUAUCAUUGACGACAGGAACUUGGAAUCCAAAUCGACCUGAAAUUGCAAUUGGUAAAGGAUGUGCGAUUCAAGGCUGGGAUCUUAAAUCACAUAGGCGAGAAAUUUAUAUAAUAAUAUUAAUAAUAUUCGAAAACUCACAUUCGGUACUUGUUCGUGCAUUGGAUUUUAAUCCAAACAAGCCGCAUCAAUUCGCGUCAGCGGGCGAUGAUUGUAAAGUAAGAUUUUGGGAUUUGAGGAAUACUUCCGAAAGUAUUAAAGAAAUAUCCGAUCAUACACACUGGGUGUGGGCUAUUGCUUACAAUCGUUUUCAUGAUCAACUUUUUUUAAGUUCGGGUUCGGAUUGUCAAGUAAAUCUUCAAAGCAUUGUAUCUAUUUCUUCAGCCGCAUUUCAUUACAACGAUGAUAAAUCAGAUGAUGAAUAUCAGGAUAUACCAGCAAGUCCGACAGACGGCUUAGUUAGAACUUAUGAUCAACAUGAAGAUAGUGUAUAUUCGGUUGCUUGGAGUGCAUCCGAUCCUUGGAUUUUUUGUUCUUUAUCAUAUGAUGGAAGAGCUGUUAUUAAUAAAGUACCAAGCGAAGAAAAAUAUAAAAUUAUUUUGUAA